AUGCAAGACACCAUUCAGCGCCAGCUCCAGCCAAUCUGGUACCCAACCACACCUGUGGACAAAAUCCCCAUGAACAUCUACCGCGCCCACAUCAACCGCAAAUUCGCCCAGAACCUCACCUCCUCCCAUGACCUGCACCGCUGGUCAGUCACCAAUCCCCAAGACUUCUGGCUGGAUCUCCAUGACUACAUUGGCAUUAUUCCCAAGCUCCCCGUGAGCGUCACUCAAGCCUACGAUGCAAGUAUUCCGAUGAGCAAGGUCCCGAAGUUCUUCGAGGGUGCUGUGGUGAAUUAUGCGGAGAAUGUCUUGUCGGGAAAACCGUUGGAUAAGCUUGCCUUAGUGGGAAUUCGCGAGAUGGAGGCAAUUGAAGGGGAUAAGUGGGUUUGGAGGGAUGUUAUAGAGAUUGUGAGGAAGGUGCAGGGUGCGUUGAGGGCGAGCGGUGUGCAGAAGGGGGAUCGGGUGGGUGCGAUUAUCUCGACGAGUGUUUGGUCUGUAGUGUUGUUUUUGGCGACGGCUUCGAUUGGGGCUGUUUGGAGUAGUAUUGCGUCGGAUAUUGGGGAGGAGGGCUGCAUUUCCCGCCUUCAACAAAUCUCCCCAAAGAUACUCUUCGCCGACACCGCGUCAAUUUUCAAAGGAAAAACCCGCUCUAAUCUAUCCAAAAUCCAAACUGUCUUCGACAGACUCAACAGCAGGCCACAAGUCAUACUCAUACCCCUCGCAAACAUCCAAGACAACCUCCCCUUCCAAAAGCUGGAAACCUUCCUCACCAAGACUGAUAACUUACCCCUCCAAUUCACCCGCGUACCUUACUCCCACCCGCUCUACAUCCUAUACACAAGCGGCACAACUGGCGUCCCCAAAUGCCUCGUCCACGCACACGCCACAAUACUCCAACACAAAAAGGUCUCCUAUCUCCACAACUCCCUCGGUCCAGAUGAUGUGGUCUUCCAAUACAGCAGCACGUCCUGGGUCCUCUGGAACAUCAUGAUCGGGCACCUAUCCGCAGGUCCAACACUAGUCGUCUACGACGGCUCCCCGCUCUGGCCUAGUCCGAAGGCCUUUUUAAAGCUUUUGGAGUUCCACAAAGUCACCUACUGGGGUGUUUCGCCGAGAUACCUCCAGGAACUCGAGAUGACGGGCUGUGUCCCAAAGAACGAGGCUGAUCUUUCGGGGUUGAAAAUGGUGCAGACAGGUGGUUCGCAUCUGGCGGAGGAUCAGUAUUACUGGUUUUAUCGCGCUUUCCCAACUAAGAUCCACUUGACCAGUGUCACUGGUGGGACGGAUCUGGUUACUUCGUGGAUCGGGACUGAUCCUGCUGGUCCUGUAUAUCCGGGUGAGAUCCAGUUGCCGAUGCUGGGACAGGAUGUUGAUAUCGCGGAUGCUAUUACGGGUGAAUCAGUGAGGGACUCCGGAAAGCAGGGGGAAUUCGUCUGCCGCACACCAUUUCCCUCUAUGCCGGUGUUCUUCUGGGGCGAUGACGGAUCGAAGUAUCAGGAGACAUACUUUAGUAAAUUCCCCGGUUGUUGGGCGCAGCAUGAUUGGGCAAGCUAUAACCCGUUGACUCGUGGAUGGAAGAUUCAUGGACGAAGCGACGGCGUCCUAAACCCUCAAGGCAUCCGCUUCGGCUCCUCAGACAUCUACUCCAUCGUCGAAGCAGCCCCGUUCAACAACUUCCUCUCCAAUACCCUCUGCGUCGGCCGCCGUCGUCCAUCUGAUACCGACGAAUCUGUCUUCCUCUUCGUGGUCAUGCAACAACCCCACAAAAUGACAAAUACGUUCAGGGAAAGUCUGAAAGAUGCUAUCCGGAAAGGACUUAGCAAUAAGCACGUCCCGAGGUUCGUGAUUGAGGUUGACGAGGUCCCUAUGACAGUUAAUGGGAAAAAGGUCGAGACGUUGGUGAGAGGGACCAUUUCGAGUGGAAAGUUGCCGGAUAAGGUCAGUAAUACGGUUGCUAACCCGGGGUGUUUGGGUGUUUUCCAGAGGUUUUAUGGGUUGGAGUUGGAGACGAGAAGAGCUAAGCUGUAA